GGAGGGAGUAGUGACUGCUUACUGUAUGAAUUCAUUAAUCAGUUGGCUGCAUAAUAUUUAGAUUUACAUAUUUUUUAUCCAUUUUCACAGUAUUGUUUUUUUGGCCUUUUGAGUUACUAGUUGCCGAAUAAAAGCUGAAGUGUUUACGUGUACGUUAACCGGAAUCUUGUAAGACACGUAAACGUUUGAAGUUUAAAGUGUUAUCCACAUUCUUUCUGUCGCUGAUGCGAAGUUUUCUUUGGUGUUUUAAGUAGAAACAAGUUAUCAGAUAUGCGUGGCACUAAGUUGAAUCUACGCGAGCGGUUGGAAGAUACCGUGCUGGAUCUCAGCAUGUCUCAAAUAGAGGAGGUGCCAGUGCGAGAAAUUUCACAGAUUAAGAAAGCUACAAGUCUGGACCUGUCUAAUAACCAGCUGAAAUCCCUUGGGAAAAAUUUUGCACCAAUGCUUACACAUUUGAUAAAAUUGGACCUAAGCAACAAUCACUUGGCUGAACUACCAGACAACUUUGGGGAGUUGGUCAGCCUUCGACACCUGGAUCUCUACAACAAUCAGAUAACACAUCUUCCCUUAAGUUUGGGACAACUCAAGAUGCUGCGUUGGCUGGACUUGAAGAAUAAUCCUCUGCUACCAAAGUUAGCUGAGAUAGCUGGACCUUGUCUGGAUGCACAGCAGUGCCAGCAGAGUGCCCGUAAAGUGGUGACCUUCUUGCAGACUAUGCAGGUUCAAGUAGACGAAGAAAGGCAGCGCAGAUUGCUCCAGAAGCGUAAGCAACAAGAACUGGCAGAGCAAGCACAGAAGAAGGAACAACAGAAACAACAGCUGCAGAAAAAAAAGAAGAAGGCUGCUAAAUCUAACAACAGUACACAAGUAAAGACUGAGAAUGGAACAACCAGUGUUACAGGUGGUAACAACGUUGGUGAUGUAAAGAAAGCAGCACCAAAAUAUCAGAACGAGACCUUUACUCAUAGCAGACCUACCAGAAAAGUUUCAUCACUUCUGUUGAGACUUCUGAAGUCAGUGUUGCUUGGAGCGUUUAUUACAAUACUGAUGUUGUGGAUGUUAUAUCAUCUUGAUGAAGAAAGGUUCCAUGGAGCACAGGCACAUGCAAAAAUAGUAUGGAAUACAACACUGGCAGCCAUGCCCCGACAGAUUGUCGAAAUGGGACAGGUGUUCAAAAAAAUGACAAAUUCAACUAUAACAUUUAUAUGGAGCAAAACUGAGGCUGCUUACACAUGGAUAAAUACAGACCCAACAGUCAAAGAAUACUUUGAAGUUGGGAGAGCUUUGUGGAAUAUAUUGUAUGCAAAAUUAUAUGAUUUAUGUCGGACAGUCAACCAGCAAAUUCCACUUUAUGUGGAAACUGUGAAGAAGAAGAUAUUUUAAGAAUGUUGUGUUUUGCAUUACAAGAAAAUGUGAAUAGCCUUUGCACAGUUAAAUACUAAAAAAAAAUAUAUUAUUGCACAUUAUUUGUGUCUUGUUAUCCUCAUGACAUUCCUUUUUGACAAACAAGUAUUUGACCUUAUAUUGUUUAAUGCCCUUUUCAAUCUCUUGUGUUAAAAAUAAAUUUUAAGUUUACUUUGGUAUAAGUUUAUCUGUAAGUGACAAAUGUGAUUUAAGAAUUUGAAAGUUUACAAAUAAAACUCAGGUCCAUUGCA